CUGAUUCCGCCCGCGAUGGCGUCGGUGGACGUGCGGUCCGUGCGCAAGUCGUCGGCGCUGCGCGCGCGGGGGCCCGCCAAGCUGCAGGCCACCCGCUCCAUGCCGCUCGACUACAGGCACGCGCCGCCCAAGCCCGCCGCGCCGGCGCCCAACGGCGUCGGCCGCCGCGCUUCCCCGGCGGAUGACGUAGAGGACGAGGAGGCGGUGGCGCCGGCCGAGCGGGACGCGGACUCGCCCUACAGCUCCGCGGCGGCCACAGCGGAGGAGGAGGAGAGCGCCGCCGAAGGUGGCGGGGAGGCCGAUUCGGCGUCCUCUGCGCCGCCGGCCGCGCCUGCCGGCCCCUCCUCGCAACGCGACAACAGAUGGGGCGACACCAGCUCCUACGGCGCUAAAAAGAAGCAAAGAGUUUUUUGUCAGCUUCCAAAUGGCGACUGGGCCUUAUGCACUGUGAUUACCACCUCUGGUGACGAGUCCGUAGUAAAGGUCCCUGAAGGGAAGGUGCUAAGAUUGCAAACGGAGAACCUUCAGCCUGCGAAUCCUGAAAUUCUUGAUGGAGUGGACGAUCUUAUGCAGCUUAGUUAUCUAAGUGAACCAUCUGUGCUCUACAACUUGCAGUACAGAUAUUCCCAAGACAUGAUUUAUACUAAAGCAGGUCCAGUUUUGGUGGCCGUCAACCCUUUUAAAAAGGUUGCGCUGUAUGGUGAUGAGUAUAUAACUUCAUAUAGGAAUAAAACAAUGGACAGUCCACAUGUGUAUGCAAUAGCAGAUUCAGCCCUUCGUGAAAUGAAAAGAGAUGAAGUUAACCAGUCCAUUAUUAUAAGUGGUGAGAGUGGAGCAGGAAAAACAGAAACUGCAAAGAUUGCCAUGCAGUAUUUGGCUUCUCUUGGAGGUGGAAGUGGCAUUGAAUAUGAGAUCCUACAAACCAACCCAAUACUCGAGGCCUUUGGCAAUGCAAAGACAUUAAGAAAUGAUAACUCAAGUCGCUUCGGAAAGCUCAUUGAAAUUCAUUUCAGUACAACUGGAAGAAUAUGUGGUGCCAUGAUUCAAACAUUUUUACUUGAGAAGUCAAGGGUUGUACAGUGUGCAGUUGGUGAGCGUUCCUACCAUAUAUUUUAUCAGCUAUGUGCUGGUGCUCCACCGAUUCUCAGAGAGAAGUUGAAUUUGAAGAAGGUCGAUGAAUACAAAUAUCUGAAACAGAGUUGCUGCUAUUCAAUUGCUGGCGUGGAUGAUGCUCAAAUGUUCCGUACUGUAACGGAAGCUAUGAACAUCGUCCAUAUCAGCAAGGAGGACCAAGAUAAUGUUUUCGCAAUGGUUUCUGCUGUGCUAUGGCUGGGAGAUGUCUCUUUCACAAUUAUUGAUAAUGAGAAUCAUGUUGAGAUAAUUGUAGAAGAAGCUGCUGAAACGGUUUCAAGACUUCUUGGCUGCAGUAUUGAAGAUCUCAAUUUAGCUCUGUCAAAGCGUCACAUGAAAGUUAAUAAUGAAAAUAUUGUCCAGAAGCUUACACUUGCACAGGCAACUGACACAAGAGAUGCGCUGGCCAAAGCCCUAUAUGCUAGUUUGUUUGAGUGGCUUGUAGAACAAAUUAACAAGUCUCUUUCUGUUGGCAAGCGUCGAACUGGGAGAUCAAUCAGUAUUCUUGACAUCUACGGCUUUGAAUCAUUUGAUAAGAACAGUUUUGAACAGUUCUGCAUUAAUUAUGCCAAUGAGAGGCUACAACAACAUUUCAACCGCCAUUUGUUUAAGCUCGAGCAAGAGGAAUAUGUUGAGGAUGGCAUUGACUGGGCUAAGGUUGAGUUUGAGGACAACCAGGAUUGUUUGAAUCUAUUCGAGAAAAAACCACUGGGGUUGUUGUCUCUGCUGGAUGAGGAAUCUACGUUUCCUAAUGCCACAGACCUUACUUUUGCGAACAAGCUCAAGCAGCAUCUUGACAACAAUUCCUGCUUCAGAGGAGAAAGGGGCAAGGCUUUCACUGUUCGUCAUUAUGCAGGAGAGGUGGCAUAUGACACAUCGGGUUUUCUAGAGAAGAAUAGAGAUUUGUUGCACAUGGACUCAAUUCAGUUCCUUGCCAAAUGCAAAUUAUCUAUACCACAAAUGUUUGCAUCCAAGAUGCUCGCUCAAUCUGAUAAUCUAGAAUCUGUUCCAUAUCGGCCUAGUGUUGCUGAUUCACAGAAGUUAAGUGUAGCAAUGAAGUUUAAGGGACAAUUGUUCCAACUUAUGCAAAGACUUGAAAGCACAACGCCACACUUCAUACGAUGUAUUAAACCAAACAAUUUGCAACUCCCUGCCAUUUACGGACAAGAACUUGUGCUCCAACAGCUCAAAUGCUGUGGGGUUCUUGAGGUUGUACGAAUUUCGAGAUCUGGGUAUCCAACAAGAAUGACACAUCAGAAGUUUGCUCGCCGGUAUGGCUUUCUUCUUGAGGAUGUCGCAUCUCAAGAUCCACUCAGUGUUUCGGUCGCAAUUCUUCAUCAGUUCAACAUUUUGCCUGAGAUGUAUCAAGUUGGCUAUACAAAAUUGUUCUUCCGAACUGGUCAGAUUGGCAAACUUGAGAAUACUCGAAAUCGUACUCUACAUGGCGUUUUAAGGGUUCAAAGCUGUUUCAGAGGGUAUCAAGCACGGCGGCAUGCAAUUGAACGAAUGAGAGGAGUUUUGGCUCUUCAAUCAUUCAUUCGUGGUGAGAAUGCAAGACAAACUUAUUCAUCUCUGUUGAGAAAACAUAGGGCAGCUACUCUUCUGCAAAGAAAUCUAAGAGGCUGGCUUGCAAGAAGAUAUUUCGUUAAGAUAAGGAAGGCCUCAGUGGUAAUACAAUCUGGCAUCCGUGGUUGUCUUGUUAGAAGAUGUGCCGGCAAUGUUGAUCUACUGAACGUGUUAAGAGAACUUGAAUCGAAAAAGGAGGCAGAGGGCGACCAAAUUUUGAUCAAGGCAUCUUUCCUGGCUGAGCUACAAAGGCGAAUCCUGAGGGCCGAGGCGACAGUUCGAGAAAAGGAUGAAGAGAAUGAGAUGUUGCACCAGCGGCUUCAGCAAUACGAAAACCGAUGGUUAGAGUACGAGCAGAAAAUGAAAUCGAUGGAGGAAAUGUGGCAGAAGCAGAUGCGAUCACUGCAGUCAAGCCUUUCCGUAGCAAAGAAGAGCCUUGCUCUGGAUGAUACACCUAGGAUGUCCGACUCAUCCGUGGAGCAGAGUUGGGAGACCAACGGGAAUCAUGUCGGCGGGGGCUCCCAGUUGGUCCCGAGGAUCACUGGGCGAGAGAUGAACGCCAGCAUCAGUGUCAUCGGCCGCCUAGCGGAGGAAUUCGAGCAGCGGAGCCAGGUCUUCGCUGACGACGCCAAGUUCUUGGUCGAGGUCAAGUCUGGGCAGGCGGAUGCCAGCCUGAACCCGGACAUGGAGCUCCGCAGGCUGAAGCAGAACUUUGACUCGUGGAAGAAGGAUUUCAGCUCCCGCAUAAGGGAGACCAAAGUGAUCCUCAACAAGCUCGCCACGACGGGGAGCAGCGGUGGGGGCAACGAUUCUUCCCCCAACUCUGCCAAGAAAAAGUGGUGGGGCAGGCUCAACACCUCCAAGUUUUCGUGAUUUUUUAUGUAUAACCAUGUAGUAGAUGCGCCGGCAUUUUACACGUCAGUGCUAGUCCUAGAGAUUUGUGGUGAGUGCUGCCAAGUCCAGUGUGUUGGACUGGAUAUGUGAUUCGUGGAGGGCGAGUUGUAUAGUUCUUCCACAGAGGGGCUUCUUUGCAGAGCCCAAGAACCACUGAGUUGUGAUGUAAUUACUUGCUAAGGUAUACUACUGAAAAGAGGGAGAUUGGUGAUUGCUCA